AUGAAGGCAAACAGCAACGAUUUUGAUUUAAAAUAUCACAACAAAAUAUUAGAUACGACUAGUCUGAUCAGGUUUACAAAUAUUGCCAAUAAUGCCUUAUUGGAAUUAGUACCUGUUACAAAAUCAAGACAAAAUAGCUCUGUUGGUGUAUGGUUACAAAUAGAAGAUGGUUCUAGAUUGUCAGGCGAAUUUUCAUCUAACCAAAAUCUAUGGGAAAUCAUACAGAUAUUAUUGAAGGACAAUUUUUCUAAUUAUGAAAGUCCAGCUAUAAUUUAUACAAGAAUGGAAAUAAUUGGUAAAGAACAAUUGCAGCAGAAAACAUUAAAAGACAUCGGACUAGUUAGUGGCAAAGCAUUGUUAAGGUUAGUUUAA